CGGAGUGGCGUCGGUAGCGCGUGGACGACGCUGAGCGACGCGUCGCGACGCAAGAUCGCGCGCAGUGCAUUUGGAAUCGGAUCGCGAGUGCGUCGCGAGUGACGAAAGGGACGCGCUGCUACGCGAGGAAACCGCGACUUUCACCGAUGAAAGAACGUAGUAUUACGUGAGUAGGCAACAAAGCGUUCCACACGGCGCGGACUCACGCAGAGAGCGGAGAGGACGGAGGAAUCGGAGGAAUCGGAGGAAUCGAUUCGCGUAGAGAGAGCAGGGUAUACUGUCGAUCCAUACCGGAGGCUAUUAGCGGCGAUCUUUGUUGAAAUAAUGAAGAGAGAAGCUGAUCCAGGCGCUAUGACAGGUUCCGGAGGACCGACGAGUCCUCACAAGCGUUACAGACAGGGUGACGAUGAACUUCGUCUUCUGAUCCCCAGCAAGGUAGCCGGUUCGAUAAUCGGCAAGGGUGGCCAGAAUAUCACCAAACUGCGGAGUCAGUACAAAGCCUCAAUCAUUGUACCCGAUUGCCCCGGACCCGAACGGGUGCUUACCAUCAGCUCGGAUCUGCCUACCGUUCUUCAAGUGUUGAACGAGGUCGUACCUAAUCUCGAGGAGGUGAGUGUUGCUACCAGAAGAGGAUCACACGGGAAAAGAAAUGACUCAAUCAAUGGGUCCCGAUACGGCAUCGACGAGAUCGACGUGCGCAUGCUGGUGCACCAGAGCCAGGCCGGAUGCAUAAUCGGCAAGGGAGGGCUAAAGAUCAAGGAGCUUCGCGAGAAAACCGGAGCGAGGAUCAAGAUCUACUCGCACUGCUGUCCUCAUAGCACCGACCGGCUGAUCAGCAUCUGUGGCAAGCCGAACACGUGCAUCGAGUGCAUCCGCGAGCUGAUUGCUACCAUUAAAACAUCGCCUCUGAAGGGUGUGAACAACCCCUAUGAUCCGCACAACUUCGACGACUACUAUGCGGAUGAUUACGGCGGCUAUGGGACAGGAGAAAGUGGCCAGGGGAAAGGUGGCGGCUUCGGAGGACCUGGAGGCCGAGGUGGCGGCGGUGGCGGUGGCGGUGGCGGCGGUGGAGGCAUGCUACCGCGACGCGACAACCGUUCUGACAUGAGUCGCGGGUUCCCGUUGGCACCGAGGGGUGGACCGCGUGGAGGAGGCAGCGGAGGUGGUGGAAUGUCUGGCGGACCACCGGAUCGUGGCUACGGAGGCAAUUCUCGCGGAGGAGGCGGCGCUGGCGGCGGAUACGAAGGCGGACGAGGUGGCUACGGAGGCAACAGGGGUGGUCCGCCACCGUACGCAGCUGGAAAUUACAAUGGUGAUGGAUGGGGUAUGCAAGGAGGCGCGCCAAACGGUUUGGGUGGCGGAGCUAACUCGGGAAUGAGCGGCCCACCCAUAGGUGGCAACAAUGAAGGAAAUCAGGGCAACAUGAGUGGAAACAAGACCACCACUCAAGUCACCAUUCCCAAGGACCUCGCUGGAGCCAUUAUCGGCAAGGGAGGCGCCAGGAUCCGGAAAGUCAGAUCAGAUAGCGGUGCCGGGAUCACUAUAAACGAGCCGUCGCUUGGGAGUAACGAUCGCAUUAUCACCAUAACCGGGUUACCCAAUCAGAUACAAAUGGCUCAGUACCUGCUUCAGCAGAGCGUGCACGAGAAUGCAGACCAUUAUUAGGACGUGGUGUAAAGGAAGCAUUCGGGGGGAGCCAAAGAUGCGUUUAUAAUUUUUUUAGGGAUACUUCUUCGCGCGAAAAGUGGAGACAGAUUAAAAAACGACGAGAACUCUUGAAGCCUUUUUUCAUCGAGAAAACGAAAGAAAAACACAAAAUAAUAUCACACGCUUGGCGUUUCUC